AGCCUGAGCAAAGCCUGGACUGCCCAGCUCUGCGGUUCCUGGUUCCGAGCUUCUCCUCGGGUUAGGGGAAGAGGAUGUGAUCAUGCGCUCACCAGGCCAGGGGAAAUUGUGAAAGGGGCCUUGCUUUAGAAAAGGCAACCCACAAGAGCCCUGCCUCCCACAGGAGGGUGAGCUCUGAGAGGCCGGUCCUGAAAGUGUUCUCCUCCGCCUGUCUGCUGUCCACCGUCGACAUGGAGCCAAAGCGAAUCCGGGAGGGCUACCUGGUCAAGAGGGGGAGUGUGUUCAACACCUGGAAACCCAUGUGGGUUGUGUUAUUAGAAGAUGGAAUUGAAUUCUACAAGAAGAAAAGUGACAACAGUCCCAAAGGGAUGAUCCCCUUGAAAGGCAGCACCCUCACCUGCCCGUGCCAGGACUUUGGCAAAAGAAUGUUUGUGUUUAAGAUCACCACCACCAAACAGCAGGACCACUUCUUCCAGGCAGCCUUCCUGGAGGAGAGAGAUGCCUGGGUUCGGGACACCAAGAAAGCCAUCAAGUGCAUUGAGGGAGGCCAGAAGUUUGCGAGGAAAUCCACCAGGAGAUCCAUUCGACUGCCAGAGACCAUUGACUUGAGCGCCUUGUAUCUGUCCAUGAAGGACAGCGAGAAAGGAAUCAAAGAACUGAAUCUGGAGAAGGACAAGAAGAUCUUUAAUCACUGCUUCACAGGUAACUGUGUCAUCGACUGGCUGAUAUCCAGCCAGUCCAUUCGGAAUCGCCAAGAAGGGCUCAUGAUUGCAGCCUCACUGCUCAAUGAAGGGUACCUGCAGCCCGCGGGAGACCUGUCCAAGAACGCGGUGGACGGCACCUCUGACAAUCCAUUCCUGGACAACCCCGAUGCUUUCUACUACUUUGGCCAUAGGAGGAAAAACUGGAAAGUAAGGAAGUUCGUUCUGCGGGAAGACCCUGCCUACCUGCACUACUAUGACCCUGCUGGGGGGGAAGACCCUCUGGGAGCGAUUCACUUGAGAGGCUGUGUGGUGACUUCCGUGGAGAGCAACUCAGAUGGCAGGAAGAACGAGGAGGAGAACCUUUUUGAGAUCAUCACAGCUGACGAGGUGCACUAUUUCUUGCAAGCAGCCACCCCCAAGGAGCGCACCGAGUGGAUCAAAGCCAUCCAGGUGGUCUCCCGGACUGGGAAGUGAAAGCUGCCUGCAGCUUCUCCUCACCCUGCUGGGGGAACCCCCGCAGAGACGUGUGGGCCGGUAGCUGUCUUCUUCUGUGAUAAAUCAACGAGAAAGGGUCUGGGGUGGGAAGCUGGCUUCCUCGAGGGAUUUGGAACGUAAUUAACCAUGUGCUUGAUGCUCACCUGCGCCGUCUUGCUCACAUUUGACCCUUUCUGGGCACUCCCCACCCCUGCAGAGACAACCAGCUGGGUGGGCAACUCAGGAACCUCUUUUGCAAAAAAAAUCAGCUGAACUAAGAGAUCUCUGAGGUCUCUCCUACUUUAAAAAAAUGAUUGCCCUGCCCCAUGGUUCUAAGGUCCCCCCUGGAGGUUAAGGUGCCUCCAGUUGUCUGGUUGGGGGGCUUCCUGGGCUGUGUGGUUGGCCUUCAACUGCCUCCCUAUGUGCCGGCACGCAUUUUCGGAGUUGUCACGGUAUUGAUAGUCUAAUUGCCUUUUAACUUUGCAGCAGCGACUGUAACUUAGUCCUUGAUGCAAACCAGGCUAGGUUCUACUGCUGCUACUUCCCUUUUAAGCAAACGCUGCACUUCUGAAUUAAGAGUAUUGGGCAUAAACCUCCUUUGUUCUCUUUAGCCGUCUUCUGCCCAUGAUCAAGUCACAAAGCGAAGGCACACUGUCUUUUUCCCGUGUCCUACAUAGAAGCUUUCUGAGAGCCGGCGCUAAAGUGAUGGCUUUUACGUUGGAGAUUUUAGUCACUUACUGCAGUCAGAAAAGCCCCGUCUUGGAGGAUAAGCACCGAGGUGGCCACAGGUAGUUAGGGUCCUCCUUGCCCAUGUCUGGGCACCAUUGAGGGCACUGCGCAGACUGUGCCAUUUAGCAGCAUUUCUCUGCUGUUUGUUACCACCGAGAGAAAGGACCCCCAAACUGGCACGAUUCCAUUUUAUUCGAGUGCCUAAGUGGGGAAAACAGCCAGAUGGAUUUCUCCACGGAAAGAAAGGGCUCCAAACGCCGGAGGGUGAAGGGCUAGGCCGCAGGCCAGCUGACAGGAUGAUGCCCUUGCGCCAAGCCAGCGGGGAAAGGACCGUAGGCCCGACAGAACUCAGGGAGGCGGCUGUCAGCCCAUGGCACGUGUGCCACUGUCCGGUGAAUGAUCUUGUGCUCUGCGCCUGAGCCUCCAAGCACAAGCUGAAUGGCUCCUUCUCGGCCCUGAGCCAGAAUGAUCUGACCUAGAUUCAAGGACCUGUUUCCAGUGUUCCAUUGUAGCCACUAACUAGUGAGUCUCCUUCAAAACUGAGAAUGAUCACACUCAUAGAAGGAGCUACGUGGCUGGAGGCGUCCCGAGCGCUCGACUCUCGGUUUAAAAGUCCAGGCUGCAGUGAGGCAAAACAAGCCAACCGGAGGCCAGUGAGACCGUUCCAACUCCCAGUCACCGUGGCCGUAAUACUCCGCUCCACCGGGCUUUCGAUGCGGUCAUCUUCUGGGCUUGCUUACCAGGCUCCUCUCAGUGGACUGGAACCGCCAACCUUGCCGUUAGUAACCAUUUCACCACCCAGGGAGAAAACUCCUCCGGGCUUUGCUGGCUCCUCUCUGUUCUUCCCCCAGUCCCACACAGCAUCCCUCAGGCUGCUCCGACUUACGCUCAGCCUGUUUUUGGCAGAGCCGGGAGAAGCGGAACCACCUUCCCCCAGCCCCUCUUGGUUCUUAGUAAACCGCUUUCUUACAACACACAGUAUUUCUGUACACCCAGUGUUAGUAUUUAUUAAUAUGGAGUUGACCUUAUGUUUUGAAAUAAACUUGACUGUUUGGGGUGUCUGCUGAUUGUGAGAA